AUGUCUGCCCCGAAACGCGUUCCCCCGAAAGUGGGAGCCCUUAGUGACGAGCUUCCCCCCUCCCCCCCUCCCUCACCUGAGCCAUCUGACAAUCGGCACAUAAGAAUCCCGGCGUUCCGGAGCUGUCGACCCGUGGGUUCGGCCGAGGACGAGGGCCUCCGUGGGCCCCACCUCGCGCGGGGAAGGGGAGGUCCAUCGCCCUGCCCUCAUCCGACGACAAGUCGAUCACAGCUCGAUGGUGUUGUCUUGCCGGCAUGCCCCCUCCCCCCACUCCUCCGUGGCGGACUAUCCCCCCGCCUGCUCGCUCCUUGUCCCAUCCUGUCCUGUCCUACGCCCGGCGCGCGAUUCCUUUCUUCGAUCCGAGAUCCUGCCCUCCGCCCGGACCAAGAUUCGCGGUUCCGCCCGCGAGGAGCCAGAUUCGCACUCAAUCCGUGGUGA